ACUGCAGGAGAAAAAGUGUGGAUUAAUUGGGCAAAUGAAGUGCCACCAAUGUUGAUUCAGGCGUGGAAGCAGGGGACUGAAUGAAACUCCUGUCACCGAGCUCUGUGAGUGGACACUGUGGAAAUAAGCUUACAUACCCAACCCAUGGCUGUAAUGGAGCUCCGAAAGGGUUUAAGGUUCACACUGGUUUUGGUCAUUCUGACUUUGACAGUUUCCAAGCGCAGUGUGGUGGCACAGCGCGCAGGCUGUAAAAAUGUCCAUUACGACCUGGCAUUUAUCCUUGAUACCUCAUCGAGUGUGGGCAAGGAGAACUUUGAGAAGAUCAGACAGUGGGUGGCCAACAUUGUUGAAUCUUUUGAUGUCGCGCCUGACAAGACCAGGGUGGCCGUGGUACGCUACAGUGAUAGGCCCACCACAGAGUUCACCCUUGGACGACACAGGACCUUAGAUGAGGUGAAGCGUGCUGCCAGGAACAUUCGCUACCAAGGAGGGAAUACAAUGACCGGAGACGCCAUCAGCUACACCACCACUAACAUUUUCACAGAGCGAAAUGGAGCCAGACCUGUUGCGAGAGGCAUUCAGAGGGUGGCCAUUCUUCUGACCGACGGCCGUAGCCAGGAUUAUGUACUGGAGCCCUCAAAAGAAGCUGCUAAAGCUGGAAUUAGGAUGUUUGCAGUGGGCAUAGGCGACGCUCUGAAGGUUGAGCUGGAGGAGAUCGCAGCAGAGCCGAAGAACGCUCACGUCUUCCAUGUUACUGACUUCAAUGCCAUCGAUAAGAUCCGCGGUCGACUAAGGAGGAGGCUUUGUGAGAAUGUAUUAUGUCCAAACAUGAAGGUUCAACCUGACCGCUUCAAACCAAACAGCACAAGUUAUGGCCACGAAGAAGUUCCAGGCUUCGACCUGAUGGAGUACUUCAGUGUGAGAGAUAUACUUGGGACCAGACUUGACGAGGGCCAGAGUGCUUAUGUGCGUCUCGGCACGAUGCCUAUUGUGCAGCAGACUGAGGAUGUGUUCCCCCAAGGUUUACCGGAUGAGUAUGCCUUUGUGACAACCUUUAAAUUCAGGAAAACCUCAAGACGGGAAGAUUGGUACCUCUGGCAGAUUUUUGACAAAUAUGGAAUUCCGCAGGUAUCAAUCCGGUUAGACGGUGAAAACAAGGCGGUGGAGUACAACGCUGUUGGGCUGACUAAAGACGCUGUCCGCGCCGUCUUCAGGAACCCAGAAGUGGACAAUCUUUUUGACCGAAAUUGGCACAAGAUUGGUCUGAGUGUGGAGGCCAAGUCUGUUUCUCUCUUCCUGGACUGUAAACACAUCCAGACUUUGCCAAUUGGAGACAGAGAAGACAUCGACAUCCAGGGGAAGACAGUGAUCGGGAAGAGGCUGUAUGACAGUGUGCCUAUUGAUUUUGAUCUUCAAAGGAUGACGAUUUACUGUGAUUCCAAACAAGCUGAGCAAGAAACCUGCUGUGAUCUACCAAAUGGGCCUUGCCCCAAAAUGGUUGUGACUGAGCCCCCACCCAUUGAAAUCCCGACACCAACCCCUACAGUUGCGGAGCAGCAGAAAGGACCUGAAGUCAACUGUUCCUGCCCUGCCGGAGAAAAGGGAGAGAUCGGCGCAGCUGGACCCAAGGGUGAUAAGGGUGACACGGGUCCACCUGGUGCUAUUGGACAGAGUGGACCUAAAGGAGCGAAAGGAGACACUGGCGAAGCGAUCUCUGUCAAAGGUGACAGAGGGGAGAAGGGAGAUUCAGGCACAAUUGGCCUGAAAGGCGUGGCCGGUGAAAAGGGAGAGAAGGGUGUCGGUGGUAUACCUGGUAUAGACGGUUUACCUGGAGACAAGGGAGACCAAGGUGAAGCUGGAUUGCCGGGUACCGACGGGCUACCUGGCUCAGACGGAGAGAAGGGGAUUCAGGGAGACAAAGGAUUUGCGGGUGCACCAGGACCAAAGGGUGUCACUGGUGAAACAGGGGUAAAAGGAGAAAGGGGAAUGCCUGGCGUCCAAGGAGAGCGUGGUGUGGAGGGAUCACCUGGGACACCUGGACUGCCUGGAAAAGAAGGUUUGCGAGGUCUGGCUGGUGCACCUGGGGCCAGUGGGAUUAAAGGUGAUAAGGGGGAGAGAGGUGUUCCAGGGUUACCUGGCGAUGUGGUUCAGAAAGAGGGGCUGAGGGGAGAAAAGGGGGAUGCUGGAGCCCCUGGGCCUCCAGGAGUGGAUGGACCACCUGGACCUGCUGGUCCUCCAGGUCUGCAAGGGAUGCCCGGAGAGCCAGGAGAGUUUGGCCAAAGGGGGAAAAAGGGGGAAAGUGGUCUCCCUGGUGUAGACGGACUGCCUGGACCAGCUGGUCCCCAGGGUCAACCAGGACCCCCCGGAAAUCCAGGACUAACUGGUCCACCAGGUUUACCUGGUGAAAUUGGAUUUUCUGGCAAACCAGGAGAAUCUGGAAAACCUGGCCUCCCUGGUAAAGAUGGUCUGGACGGCCUUCCUGGGAACGAUGGCUCAACGGGACCGAGAGGAGAGCGUGGGACAGAUGGCUUCCCAGGCAAACCAGGACCCAAGGGUGAUGACGGGCCUCCAGGACCCAGAGGACCUCCUGGAGAGCGGGGAGAGAAUGGCCUACCUGGUCAACCUGGUGCUGAUGGAUCCAGAGGAGAAAGAGGAGUUCCUGGGGAACGAGGACCUGAAGGUCCAUUUGGACCAAAAGGAGAGAAAGGCGACAAGGGUGACGUGGGAGCCAGGGGACCUCCCGGUGCUCCAGGGAAUGUUGCAAAUGUCAUUCCAGAGCCGGGUGAACCUGGAACUCCUGGAGAGAAGGGAGAGAAGGGAGAUCAAGGCAAACCGGGAGAUAUUGGACCUCGAGGAUUACCUGGCGAGCAAGGCUUUAAGGGCACACCUGGUGUAGCGGGUCCCAAAGGAGACACUGGACCCACCGGAGAGACUGGUCGUGUUGGGGAUCCAGGUCCACCGGGCAUUGACGGGCCUCCAGGUCCUCGUGGACUCCCUGGGAAUGUAGGCAUCCCCGGGAUCAUUGGACCUCCAGGCCCAGCAGGACAGAGAGGAGAGAAGGGUGAUCCAGGAAAACCAGGACAGACUGGUCCCGCCGGCCCAGUAGGAGAGCCAGGAUUGAUUGGACCCCCAGGACCCACUGGAAAGGGGAAAGAUGGCCAAACAGGGGAACCUGGACCUCAGGGUAUUCAAGGGCCCUCGGGGCCAAAGGGACCCCCAGGCUCACAAGGGGAUCCUGGCCUCCCUGGUGACAGAGGACCUGCAGGAGAAGGCAAAGUAGGACCUCAGGGCGCACCGGGAAAGGAUGGAGAGCCUGGUGCUGUGGGCUUGAGGGGUCCAGCUGGAGUCGCUGGACCACAGGGUCCAGCAGGGCAUAAUGGUCUCCCAGGACGGCCAGGAGAGAAGGGAUCACCAGGAGAGCCGGGAAAAGGAGUGGACCUCUCUGACCUGGAUCUCAAGAACGUGUGCUCAGACUGCCCUGCUGGACCACCUGGGCCACCUGGGCUUCCAGGAAUCCCAGGAGAUAAAGGCCACCAAGGACUUCCAGGGAAAAAUGGUCAAGACGGCUACCAAGGCCCUCCGGGACCCACGGGUCCUCCAGGGUCCCCUGGAGCUGACGGAGCCAAGGGAAUAAAGGGUGAUAAAGGAACACCAGGGGCUGCUGGAGACAAAGGAGAGAAGGGUCACCCUGGUCCUCCUGGCCAUCCGGGUCCUCCCGGACUAAUGGGAACACCUGGCAGUGACGGACAGCCUGGCACAGCUGGUCCCCCAGGACCUCCAGGGGAAAAGGGUAAAGAGGGUCUCAAAGGGAUCCAAGGACCUCCCGGUCUUCCUGGCUUAAUUGGUCAGCCUGGUAAAAUGGGAAAAGAUGGACGACCAGGUGAAGCAGGAGAACGUGGUAAACAAGGUGAACCUGGGCCACCAGGAAACCCUGGAAUGCGGGGCGUACCUGGCUUCAAAGGGCACAGAGGUGAACCUGGACCUCCGGGUGGAAAGGGUGAAGAUGGAAAGCCUGGAAGUGCUGGACGUGAUGGCAAACCUGGAAAGGAUGGUGCCAUGGGACCACCUGGUCCAGAGGGUCUUCUUGGAGCAAGAGGAGAACCAGGCAAACAAGGUGAACCGGGACCAUCUGGAAAAGCAGGUCUUCCAGGAACACCAGGCCAGAGAGGGGCUCCUGGUGAGCCUGGGAACCCUGGACUUCCAGGCUUCAGUGGACCUAAAGGCCCUGCAGGUCCACCCGGUCCAAUCGGCCCUGAAGGAAAGCAGGGAAUGCCAGGCAGACUUGGUGAUCGUGGCCUUAAAGGUGAAAAGGGCGAUACAGGUUUCAAGGGAGAUAAAGGACAUCCUGGAGAACCAGGAAUGCCUGGAAACCCUGGGCCUCCUGGCAGGAAGGGCCACACCGGGAUGAUGGGUAUGUCAGGGCCACCAGGAGAAAUGGGUGCUCCUGGACCACAAGGGCAGUCUGGAAACCCUGGUCUUCCAGGCCCAAGAGGUGAGUCUGUCUCAAUGGAGCAGAUGAGGCGUCUCAUCCAAGAGGAGCUAGCAAAACAGUUGGAUGGGAAGCUGGCUUAUCUCAUGGCUCAGAUACAGCCUGCACACGUGAAGAGUACCGCAGGACGCCCUGGGCCUCCUGGGCCACCAGGAAAAGAUGGAAGUCCAGGAAGACCAGGCGCCCCUGGAGAGCCUGGAAUGCCUGGGCAAAAUGGAGGGGAGGGGUCAAGAGGACCAAUGGGACCUCAAGGUGAAAAGGGAACAAAGGGUGACAAAGGAGAACCUGGAGUUGGUGAAAGAGGCGAGCCUGGGCCUCCUGGUCCAAUUGGUCCGGCUGGUCUGCCUGGUUAUGGCAAAGAUGGAAGCCCAGGACAAGCCGGAGCCCAAGGAGAACCUGGAAACCCUGGUCCACAUGGCCAAACUGGCCCACCAGGACCUCCUGGCCAAUGUGAUCCAUCACAGUGUGCCUACUACGCUAGCCUUGCACACAGACCCCACACCAAAAACGUCAAGGGGACCUAAGAACAAUUGAAAAAUCCCGAAGCAGUGUUUAUGGACUUGUCAAGUAAAUGAAGAACUUUUUUUUGGAGACAUACCAGUUUGGAAGCUGAAUGUGCUGCCAGUCAAAGUCUCUUAUUUGUUAUUUUUUUUAUAUGACGUUUGGAGGGACGGAACUCGAGUGAACUCUUCCAACUGUACAGUGAGGCGAAGAGGGCAGCUAAACACCUUCUCUGAGAUGGUUCCUGAAGAAUAAAUAUGUUGAGGUAACACAGAUGCUAUGUCUGUUUAGCAUGCAGUAUGAGCUACUGCUCAACGUACUCGUCUGCUUCUGGAACUGCAAAAUAUUUGUUUGUUUUGUCAGUUAAGAAUGAACUAUUGGUUGCCUUUUAGCUGUAAGAGUAGAGGAUUGAAUGAAGCUUUCCGAUGAAAGAUUAAGCCUGUAAUCACUUUCCACCUCCUUUCUCAUUGCCUUUGUGAAUGUUUGGGAAAAGUAGGCAAAAGCUAAUUGAAUCUGGCUGUAUUUAAAGUAACUAUAAGAUUAAAUGGCUAAACUGAAAAGUAUUUUUUUUCUCAUCAAAGCAGCCUUUUGUUUGUUUUUGUUUUCUUCUUUAUCUCUGCCACCUUCAUUCUGCCUUGUCAUUUAAAGUCCUUUUCAAACACAAGAUCCAAAAACAAGAAAGUUAAGGCUCCUGCUCCUCAACAAAACAUGCUGCUCUUGGGUAUUCUCUUUAGACAAUCCCAAGAUCAUCCUACCUCCUUUUUUUUUUAGUUAUGUCAUUGCCCGUAAUCACUUUUAUCUAUGCAAGGUUGUAGUGACGAGAGUCAGGUUCGGAGGAGGAAUUGGCUUCAGAGGGGCCUCACUGUCAGCCUGUGGUGAAGCUUCAACAUGAGCAGGUUGUUCCUUCCCUGCUUUGUUAUGUGGGGAUGCUGGUGUAUCUAACAUCUUACCACCACUGCUGUGGCAUACACUCAUAUGUUUCUGUAGAAAUUCACUCACAAAGGCCUGCAAUACAUGAAUGUUAGUCAUGUGCCCUAACUGUGCACAUAUCUAAGAUUUUUGAACGAUUGCCUAUCCUCAAAGAACAAAGAUGGUAGAAGUAGUAGUACAGAUCAAUAAAACAUAGCAGCAGCAGCAGAUGGAAAUGCAGUACAGUUCACACAAACAUGCAUGUAUGAAGUAACAACUUUGCUCAGGGAGUAAGUUGGAGAGCAAUAGUGGUAACAAAAGAGACAUUGUCCACACCUGCUGGUGAGAUAUCGAUCUCAUCCAGCUGCAGUCGUGAGUUGCAAGAUCAGUGGAGCAAUGACAAGCCAUUAUUCCCAACCUUUCCUUUCAAACAGGAUCAACGCAGAUUGCAGAUGUGCUCAAUGAUGUAGAACCAACACAAACGUGUUUUGAUGCAGUACUCACACUCGAGUUUGUUUGAUGCUGUUUUGUGCGAUGCAU